CGAGUCGCUGAGCCCGCCGCAGCCCCGAGAGCGGCUGGAGCCGCCGCCGCCGGGAAGGAGGGGGCGAGGCGCGCCCGGGCCGCCGCCGCCGCCGGCGCCAGAGUCGCGGCCGAGUUGGGCAACCGCCGCGGGCCCAGACUGGGGCGGGGGUCGCGGGCCGCAGGCCCCGGCUCCGGCUGCCGCUUGCAGACAGCGGGCACCGAUGCCGCCCGCGCCCCGCUAGGCUGAGCUUCGGGCCGGGCGGGCCGCCACCGCCGCCGCCGCCGCCCGAGCCGCCGGCAGGAACCUCGGGAGCCGCCGCCGCCGCUGCCGCCCGGCCGGGCCCCACCGCCGCCCGCGCGCCCCCGGGCCCCGACACACAUGAGAUUCUUCAGGCUCACUUUCAAGUGCUUCGUGGACUGCUUCUGACUGCGCUGCCCGCGUCCUGCACCCCGCCCGCCCGCCGCCCCGUCCCCCGGCCCGGCCGCCCCAGGCCCCGGGCGGGCCCGCGCCUCCGGCCCUCCCCCCGGCGCCGCCGCGACCCCCGCCCAGCGCCGCGACCCCCUGCCCGGCCACGCGGCCCACCGGGGCCAUGGCGAAGAAGAGCGCGGAGAAUGGCAUUUACAGCGUGUCCGGCGAUGAGAAGAAGGGCCCGCUCAUCGCGCCUGGGCCCGAGGGGGCCCCGGCCAAGGGCGAUGGCCCCACGGGUCUGGGGGCACCAGGCGGCCGCCUGGCCGUGCCGCCUCGAGAGACCUGGACGCGCCAGAUGGACUUCAUCAUGUCGUGCGUGGGCUUCGCCGUGGGCCUGGGCAACGUGUGGCGCUUCCCCUACCUGUGCUACAAGAACGGCGGAGGUGUGUUCCUUAUUCCCUACGUCCUGAUCGCCCUGGUUGGAGGAAUCCCCAUUUUCUUCUUGGAGAUCUCACUGGGGCAGUUCAUGAAGGCCGGCAGCAUCAAUGUUUGGAACAUCUGUCCCCUAUUCAAAGGCCUGGGCUAUGCCUCCAUGGUGAUCGUCUUCUACUGCAACACCUACUACAUCAUGGUGCUGGCCUGGGGCUUCUAUUACCUGGUAAAGUCCUUCACCACCACGCUGCCCUGGGCCACAUGUGGCCACACCUGGAACACUCCUGACUGUGUGGAGAUCUUCCGCCAUGAAGACUGUGCCAAUGCCAGCCUGGCUAACCUCACAUGUGACCAGCUUGCUGACCGUCGAUCCCCUGUCAUCGAAUUUUGGGAGAACAAAGUCUUGCGGCUGUCUGGGGGGCUGGAGGUGCCAGGGGCCCUCAACUGGGAGGUGACUCUGUGUCUGCUGGCCUGCUGGGUGCUGGUCUACUUCUGUGUCUGGAAAGGGGUCAAGUCCACAGGAAAGAUUGUGUACUUCACUGCUACAUUCCCCUACGUGGUCCUGGUGGUGCUGCUGGUGCGUGGGGUGCUGCUACCUGGGGCCUUGGACGGCAUCAUCUACUAUCUCAAGCCUGACUGGUCGAAGCUGGGGUCCCCUCAGGUAUGGAUAGAUGCCGGGACCCAGAUUUUCUUUUCUUACGCCAUUGGCCUGGGGGCCCUCACAGCCCUGGGCAGUUACAAUCGUUUCAACAACAACUGCUACAAGGAUGCCAUCAUCCUUGCUCUCAUCAACAGCGGGACCAGCUUCUUUGCUGGCUUCGUGGUCUUCUCCAUCCUGGGCUUCAUGGCCACAGAGCAGGGCGUGCACAUCUCCAAGGUGGCAGAAUCAGGGCCUGGCCUGGCCUUCAUUGCCUAUCCCCGGGCUGUCACGCUGAUGCCUGUGGCCCCGCUCUGGGCUGCCCUGUUCUUCUUCAUGUUGUUGCUGCUCGGUCUUGACAGCCAGUUUGUAGGUGUGGAAGGCUUCAUCACUGGCCUCCUCGACCUGCUCCCGGCCUCCUACUACUUCCGUUUCCAAAGGGAGAUCUCCGUGGCCCUCUGCUGCACCCUCUGCUUUGUCAUUGACCUCUCCAUGGUGACCGAUGGUGGGAUGUACGUCUUCCAGCUGUUUGACUACUACUCUGCCAGCGGCACCACCCUGCUCUGGCAGGCCUUUUGGGAGUGUGUGGUGGUGGCCUGGGUGUACGGAGCUGACCGAUUCAUGGACGACAUCGCCUGCAUGAUCGGGCACCGGCCAUGCCCCUGGAUGAAAUGGUGCUGGUCCUUCUUCACCCCGCUGGUCUGCAUGGGCAUCUUUAUCUUCAAUGUCGUGUACUACGAGCCACUGGUCUACAACAACACCUAUGUGUACCCAUGGUGGGGCGAGGCCAUGGGCUGGGCCUUCGCACUCUCCUCCAUGCUCUGUGUGCCCCUCCACCUCCUGGGCUGCCUCCUCAAGGCCAAGGGCACCAUUGCUGAGCGCUGGCAGCACCUGACUCAGCCUGUCUGGGGCCUCCACCACUUGGAGUACAGAGCUCAGGAUGUGGAUGUCAGGGGCCUGACCACCCUGACCCCCGUGUCCGAGAGCAGCAAGGUCAUCGUAGUGGAGAGUGUCAUGUGACAGGCAGCCCUGCUCACAUCACCAGCUCACCCUCUGGUAGCCAUAGCAGCCCUGCUUUAGCCCCCUGCCCCCCAGGGGGCUGGCCUUUCCCUGACACUUUCGGGGUCUGCCUGGGGGAGGAGGGGAGGAAGCACCAAGAGUGCUAAAAUAACUUUUUCCAUUUUUAAUAAAAUACCAGAAAUAUCA